AUCAAACUGUUCACUGUUUGUAUUUAUUUUUAUGGGAUCGACGGCUGCUCACUCCCUUUAAAAUCCAAUUGUUGAGAGCCUCAAUGCUACAUCUUUGUGUUUCUGAUAUAUCAUUCAUCACUUCACAAAUUUAGAGAUAAAAAGAGUUUGUUGCUGCUGUUUUUGGAAAAGGCCUUUUUUUUUUUUGGAAAGAUAUUGAUAAUGGGUAGAGGAAAACACGAGCACUGCUGGAAACAUGUUACAAGAGUAGAAAAUGGUCUUAAAUGGAUAUGCAAUUAUUGUAAUGAUAAGUUUAGUGGAGGAGCUUCUAGAAUUCAAACACACCUUGGUGGCAAAGGAGGAGGCAUUAGGCGAUGCUCCAAUUAUCACGAAGGAGUUCACAACAAUAUGGCAUCCACUUCAAGUAAUCCACCAGAAGCUGCUGUGAUUAAUAGAGUUUAUUCAACACAAGAUCAAGGUGUGCACGGUAGCGGUGGUAACAGAAGUUUUUCUGAAAGUGAGAUUAAUCAAUUAAAACAAUUGGUUAUUGAUUUAAAAUGUGAGGAAAAAGAUAUUGCAAAACAACUUCAAUGGUUGGAGUCUCGGGGAAAAAAGCGCAAACCAGAAGUUGAUGUAUGGCUGAGAAAAUUACUAGAUAUGAAAGGAAGCAUGUAUGAUAUGAAUAACUUAAAUGGAACUCUUGAUGUAUCUGAGCUGAUAAAAAAUAUGAAAAGACACAAGAAAGAGAAACCUAUAAUUUUGUCGAAUGAAUUUGUUGGGAGAGCAUUAGACCUUGAUAUCCAGAGAGUAUUUUACUUUCUAGAUGAUGACAAAGUCUUUGUAAUUGGCAUAUGUGGAAUGGGAGGUGUGGGAAAAACUUUACUUGCAACUCUCGUGGAGAAGGAAGGAAAAAGGAAACCAACUUUUAAGGAUGUGAUUUGGAUCACUGUUUCUCACAAUCAUAGCAUCUCAAAACUCCAACAUGAUAUAGCAAAAAGAAUAGGCUUGAAGCUUGAUGCAGAUGAUGAAAGAGUUAGAGCUGACAACUUGUCUUCGGUAUUGGAGAAAAAGGGAAAAUCAAUUCUUAUUUUGGAUGAUGUUUGGAAAUAUAUUGAUUUGCAGAAGGUAGGAAUUCAUCCAAAAGUGAAUGGCAUUAAAGUGAUUCUAACAACACGUUUGAAACAUGUAUGUGACCAGAUGAAUUGCCACCCAUAUGCUAUAAUACAAAUCUUUCCUCUCAGCGCAUGUGAAGGGUGGGAGUUGUUUAUGCUAAAACUCGGAGAUGAUGGCACACCUAAGAUACUUCCAUAUGAAAUAGAAAAGAUUGCAAGAUGUAUCGUAGAGAGAUUUAAGGGUUUACCACUCGCAAUCAAUGUGAUGGCUAGAACUAUGAAAGGGAUUAAUGACUUUCAUCAAUGGAAACAUGCACUUAACAAACUUGAAAAAUUGGAAAUGGGACAAAUGGUGGAAGAAGAAGUCUUCAAAGUAUUAAAGCCUAGCUAUGAUAAUUUGAUGGAGAAGAACUUGCAAAACUGUUUUUUGUAUUGUGCAUUAUUAUCUAUUAAUGAUUGUGAUUGGGAUAGGGAUUGGGAUGAGUUUGAAAAAGAUGAGUUGAUCAUGAAGCUAGUUGAUCAUGGGAAGAUAAAUGAUAGUAUGUGUUUGGAAGAAAUAUUUGUUGAAGGGAAUACCAUAUUGAAAAAGCUUAAAUCCCAUUCUUUGAUUAGUUUUCAUUAUUAUUUAGUAGCCACACAUCCCUUGGUGAGAAAUAUGGCAUGUUAUAUAUGGAAAGAGAGUCAGAGGAAUGCUAUAGUGAGAUCGGGUAAAGGAUUGACCAAGAUGCAUCUCUCACAUGAAUGGGCAACUGAUUUAGAGUUAGUUCAUAUGUGGGAUUGUGAUAUAGAACAAAUCUCAGAGGACGUGUCACCUAAUUGUCCAAAGUUGUCCACCUUAAUUAUAAAUAAAGUGUACAUUAGUCAUGUUCCUGAGAGUUUUUUCAAAUAUAUGAAUAGUUUAUCAAUACUUGAUCUAUCCGAUAAUGAAGAACUAGUAUCUUUGCCGAACUCGGUGGCUGGGUUGAGGUCUCUUGUUUCUUUAGUUCUCAAAAGAUGUGCUUCACUGAUACAUGUGCCCCCAUUGGGAGAAUUACAAGCAUUGUCAAGAUUGGUCAUUUCGGUGACUUCCAUUGAGAAAUUACCACUAGGCUUGGAAAAACUAACCAAUUUGAAAUGGCUUGAUCUAUCCAAAAACAUGAGUUUGAAUUUAGAAUUGAGGUCUUUUUCAUCCUAUUUGAUUAAAUUGCAAUACCUCGAUCUCCGAGAUACUCAUGCUCUAAAUAUGGUUGAAGAUGUUCAAGGGAUGAAUAUGCUUGAAUGUUUUGGAGGCGCCUUUGACUACAGAUGUUUCUACCAAUCCAUGCAAAAUAACCUUGACAUGAGUUUUGAGCGCAUCAAAACAUACAAUCUCAUAUUAGGAAAUGUAUGUAGUGCAUCAUUAGGUGACUGGUGGCAUAAUGUUAAUUUGAAAAGAUUUGGUGCAGCUGAUCAUGAAACUAAGAGUAUACAAUUUGGAGAUUGUGAUCAUUACUCCCACAUACUGCCUAAAGACCUUACAUGUCUGUUUAUAAUUCAAAAUAAUCAUUGGGUUUGCUUAUGUGAUGCUCUAUCAUAUAACACUGCUUCUUCUUUGAGGAAAAUUGGAACUUCUGAUUGCCAACAAAUGGAGAGCUUGUUUUGUUUAUCAGGUUCUUGUUCCUUUUGCACCAAGAUUCACAGCCUUGAAGUUUUGAAACUUGUAAGUUUGAAAAGUUUAACCGUUGUCUGUAAAGAAGUUUUUGAAGUUAGACAAUCUUUGACACCAUUUGGCAUGUUCUCUUGUCUAAAAGAAUUUGACAUUAUUGGUUGCAAUUUGAUAGAGAAGUUGUUUACACCACAAUUAAUUCUGCAACUUCAAAAUCUGGAGACAAUAACCGUAAUAAGUUGUGAUUCAAUGAAAGAGAUAUUUGCAGAGAGCAACAGUGAUGACAAUGACCGAUCCAUCAUUUCACUUCCUAAGUUGACUGAAUUAACCUUGGAGUAUUUACCACAAUUGAAGAUCGUGUGCAAAGGCAGCAUACGGUGUGGAUCUUCAUCUUCACCACUGAGCAUCUACGACUGUCCAAGUUUAGAGAGGCAGCCAACAUUUUAUAAUUUUUGAUUUUUUUUUUUCUUUUUAAGUUGCAUUGUACAAACUAGUAUUAUAUUACAUGUCAAUCAAUGUUGCUAUUCAGUUCGAGCAUGAAAGUGUUCAUCCUGGCCAUUUUCAUGUCUCCAUCAAAUUGCAUGUCAUACUUUCUCUUUUUAACUUUUACAGUUAUUUUGCUUUUUUCUUCAA